UUAGCUCUCAAAAGAAUAUAACAGGACCCAAGUUUCUUGACCUAGUAGCUUUGGUGCCACAACUCCAAUCCUAAAUCCUCAGGGACAUCAAAGUCAGUGCUCAAAACGACAGCACUUUAUACCCAGCUGGCCUGGAACAUGCAAGAAACCAAGCACCUGUCAAUCAAUCCCUCAAACAACUACCACCUCUUGCUUUGACUUUUAUUUAUUGCUAUAAAAUGAUUUUAUCGAUAAAUCUUUGAUCUUGAAGAAGACCUGAGUUGUUCAUCUGCCCCAUACAGGGUAGGGUAUAUUGAGAUUUUGGUUUUUGUUGUAGAAAGAUUUUUGAAUCAGAUUGGUGUAAGUUUUUUGCUAGAAAUAAUGGAUCUUGAUUUGAACCAAGAGCCUUUAUACCCUUCCAAUGACUCGCUGUUGGGACUAGCAUCCAUACGAGAUGAAUUAGAAAACACCCAUGGUCAUAUAGAAGAACGCCUCAGGCAGCUUGAAGCAGUUACUUUCAGGGCUAGACAACGACAGAGAUGGAGACAAAGUCACUUUACCCCUCAAACAGUGAAUGUUUCUGUGGAACCAGCUACUGUUAAUGUUCGCAGUGAUGGUGAGCUGCUUAUUGGGGAGGCUAGUGUUGCUACUGAAGAAAGGAGAGAUGAGAUGAAUAAAUUUGGCAAAAGAAAGAGUACCUAUUUGAUAGCUAAAGCGUUAGGCAGGAAUGGGAAUGGUAAGAAGGCCAGAACUGACAGGAGGAGUGUAUUUGAUUGUAACGUAUGCCUUGAUAUGGCACAAGAUCCUAUAUUAACUUGUUGUGGACACCUGUUUUGCUGGCCGUGCUUCUAUCAGCUGUCUUAUGUUUACUCGAAUGUGAAAGAAUGCCCUGUUUGUGUGGAAGAGGUUACAGAUACAAGUAUUAUUCCAAUUUAUGGCAAUGGAAACAGUGAUGAUAACAAGAAGCUCAAGUUAAAGGAGUCUGGCUUGAGGGUUCCUCCUAGGCCCUCUGCACAAAGAGUUGAGAGUGUGAGACAACAACUCAUUAAUCACGGUGCAUUUUCUUCUUCCAUUGAGGAAAGAAUGCGGUAUAUUGGCAAUGUGCUCAUUGCAAUGGGGGAGAUACCUCCGUCAGAGGGUCUUGAUGGUGUUCCUCUUGAAUCUGACAGAAUCAGUUUCUUGGCAAAUCGAACCAGUACUUCUCAGGCACUGCCUUCCAUAGGAGCAGACAGGAGCCAGCACCACCGUUCUGUUCAAGUUUCUAGGUUACUGUUUCAAGGAGCUGCUUCACUAUCCUCCUUUUCAUCUGCAGUGAACUCUGCAAUGGAAUCUGCUAUGGAAUCUACUGAAAGAUUAUUUGAGGACCUUGGGGCAAUUUUGCACAGCCAUCGUGGGAGAAGAAACCAUCAACAAUCUUCACGUCCUGCUGAUAGAGAUUCAUUUUCAAGCAUUGCUGCUGUUAUUCAACCUGACGGCCAGAACCCGGAUACUGUUGCCGAUGCUGAUUCUACAUUGCCACAGUCUGCUUCUUCUUCCAGGCCUGACGAUGUUGUCACUGUUUCUCAAUUGGAAAGCCAUAGAAUGGGUACUGCUAUAGAAAGCAAUUUUAGUGUGCCCAUUUCUUCAUCUUCUAGAAGAAGAAAUCUAGUUUUUAGGCUUUCAGAAGUGGACAAUAGUGUAGAAACAAAUUCUUCAUCAUCCAGGAGAAGGGUUGAAGUUCCUAGAGCUGCAGGAGCAGACAAUGCACAUAACCGUGAACGUAGAAGGAGAAGCUUGAACUGAUGUAGCCAUAGAAAUAAGGGUUAAAUUGAUUGCAUGUUCCUUGUCUGAGUACUGUGAUUUAGUUGUGUUGUUGGAAACUGAUACAUGUUUGUGUUUAUGAAGACCGUGUUUGCCAAUCUAGGCAUUGAGUGCCAAUUGCAAUUUAAGCAAAAUAUUGGGAUCACACUACAGGUGUUUAUACUUUUGCUGUUGUAGAUUUAUUAUCUGGCUGUUUCAUUGGGAAUCUAUGUGGUUUCUUACUAAAGACACGUUUACCGAAGCACGCAGCAUCAUCCUUGAUUGCAUAGUAGGUGUUCUAUAAGACAGAAAGCAGCUAUUUAACCGACAGGAGGGUUAUCGGAUUAGUGGAAAAUCCUGCUCAUUGGACUCUGGUUGAUGCUCAAGGUGUUGGCAAAUUCUAUUACCCAAACAAGUGACUAAAAAAUGCAGAAUCCCUAUAUCCUUUCUUAGAACUGGGGCAAGUUAUUGUGAACCAGUUUGAAGCAAUGACUGUCCAUGGACCAUUAGCUGGGGAGGUAAGAAUGCCUCAGAUGAAGUGUUUAUCUUAAUUUGUGCAUGCAACUUUGAGGGUAGGAUUGGCCCUAUUUCCUUAGAAUGUGAACUAGAAGAUUAUCCAUAUUUGCUUGGGUCUUGCAGGGAAAAGGGCUCUCGUUUGAACUGUGAAUCCCACUAAUAGUCAAUCCAUUGAUAAUCUCUUAAAAAGAGAGCAUGAAUGAUCACAUAUUGAGUCGAGCAUCUCAGUACGUGAUCUAGCAAAGUGGUAGAGGGAAAUCCCUACAGGCUAGUGAUUCAUUACUGGUGAAAGAGUGGGAUCUCACACUAAGCUUCUCAAAAACUAAAGUUAUCCUAAACGCAUGCCACUUCUCUGGUGGACUCUAUUGGAGAGGUAUUAUUAGGUGUUUAAAAAGGAUUUGUAUUGACAAUUAAGUAAAGGUUGGUCUCUCCUCCUCAAUGUUUCGACAAAGAGCAUUAAUGUCUUGCCGGAUUUUCUUUUCGAAGGCAUUGA